AUGUUCACAAUUCUUAUCGAUGAAUUUGUAGUGACUAAUAAUCGAGUUGAUUGUCUCGCUGCUAUGGAGGCUAUCAAGGAUCAACAUCCAUUAUUUGGUCUUGAGCAGGAAUAUACAUUGAUGGAUCGAGAUGGAUGGCCAUUCGGAUGGCCUAAAGGAGGAUAUCCUCAACCGCAAGGUCCAUACUAUUGUGGCAUUGGAGCAUGUUUGGCAUUAGGCCGCGAUUUAGUUGACGCGCAUUACAAAGCAUGUCUCUAUGCUGGAGUGAAUAUUCGAGGUACAAAUGCUGAAGUUAUGCCAGCCCAAUGGGAAUAUCAAGUGGGUCCAUGUGAAGGAAUUGAUGCUGGUGAUCAACUUUGGAUGUCACGCUAUUUACUGUUACGAAUAGCCGAAGAAUUUGGCAUUCAAGUUAGCUUCCAUCCAAAACCGAUUGCUGGUGAUUGGAAUGGAGCUGGAUGUCACACAAAUUUUUCUACAUUGGCUAUGCGCAAUCCCAAUGGUAUCGAAGAAAUCAAAGCUGCCAUCGAAAAACUUUCAUUACGACAUAAUACCCAUAUCAAAGUUUACGGCAAAGAUAAUGAACGUCGAUUGACAGGAAAACAUGAGACCGCCAGUAUCCAUGAAUUUAGUUAUGGUGUGGCGAGUCGAGGCUCAUCCAUUCGAAUUCCUCGCCAAUGUGACGAAGAACGAUGUGGUUACUUCGAAGAUCGUCGACCAGCUUCUAAUUGUGACCCUUAUUGUGUAACAAGUCUUCUUGUACGCACAGUUUGUCUUGGCGAAAAAGAUGCAGAUCAAGCUUAG